UUUUGGUUGCUCUAUUCUGUGAUCUCUUUUUGGCUUGAAUACCCAAAACACCGGCCAAUGCUUUCCCUUUUCACAUUAGAGUGAUCUCAACGCUAAGCAUGAACGGGUUCGUAGUUCAUGCUUUGGCCGCCAUGGCCUUGGUGGCGCAGUUGGUGCUAACGGAGCAUCUGCCCCGUUCGAAUCUUUUGUCUCGGACGCGCCGCUUCAUCUUUGACGACCCAAACACCUGGGAGGGCGAGGUGAUCCUGGCCUUGAGCAUCCCUAUCGGACCCUUGGGCACCUCCCUUGGCUUGGACCUACCUUUCGCCUUCACCUUAGGCGGCGGGGACAGUUCGGCUAGAGACCUCUCGGAUUACACGUUCGACCAUAACCUGGUGAGGAAACGGCGCAGCUCCCAGCGGAGUGGGCGUGCCCUCCAAAGCCCCCACAACCUGAUGGACCACAGCUUCCAUGAGGAUAAACGUACCCAACUGGCCAGAGAGAUCGAGAACUACGCCACCCAAUACUUGCACAUAGAUGGACAUGCCUGUAUGCUGCGGGCUCUCUGCGAAAUGGCUCAAGUUCCUUUGCACUCCAGUGGAUUCAUUGGUGAUCUCAUGAACCUCUUGGUGACUCCCAAUCACAUCUUGGACGCCCUGGUGGAGAGUCCAAGCACUCCCAAUGAAUACGUUCAAGCUCAGAUCAGUGGCAGACAUUGGGACGAUUGCUCGCAUCUUUUUGGCCAAUGCACUCAUUCCUUGUUCAAAUUCGUGGAUACGGAUAUGUUUGCGUAUGGAUUCGGCAAUCAAACUUGGCACACUCAUCAUGUGGAAAGGAAUAGAGCCAAUUAA